CCCGCGUUGCCGCAGGGGCGCUGUGGGGACGGACCGGGCGGGCGCAGCGCCGCCAUGGCCGCCCGCGUCCUCAACGUGAACGUGGGAGUGCUGGGCCACAUCGACAGCGGCAAGACGGCGCUGGCUCGGGCGCUCAGCACCACCGGCUCUACCGCCGCCUUCGACCGGGCGCCGCAGAGCCGCGCGCGGGGCAUCACGCUGGACCUGGGCUUCUCCUGCCUGCGCACCGCGCUGCCGCCGCAGCUGGGCCCGGGGCCCGGCGAGCUCCAGCUCACGCUGGUCGACUGCCCGGGGCACGCCUCCCUCAUCCGCACCAUCAUCGGCGGUGCCCAGAUUAUCGAUUUAAUGAUGCUUGUGAUAGAUGUGACAAAAGGGAUGCAGACACAGUCAGCAGAGUGCUUGGUAAUUGGGCAAAUUGCCUGCCAGAAGAUGGUGGUAGUUCUGAACAAAAUAGAUCUCCUUCCAGAGGGGAAGAGACAGAGUGCCAUUGAGAAGAUGACUAAGAAAAUGCAGAAGACCUUGGAAAAUACCAAAUUCUCUGGAUGUCCUAUUGUUGCUGUUGCAGCAAAGCCUGGUGGACCAGAAGCCCCAGAGUCUGAGAAUCCCCUGGGUAUUUCUGAAUUAAUUGAGGUCUUGAAGUCUCAGACUUACCUGCCAUCAAGAGACCCCUCAGGACACUUCCUUAUGGCAGUUGACCACUGUUUCUCUAUCAAGGGUCAAGGCACAGUGAUGACAGGGACUAUUCUUUCUGGCUCUGUUAGCCUUGGUGACAAUGUGGAGAUUCCUGCCCUGAAGGUGACAAAGAGGGUCAAGUCCAUGCAGAUGUUCCAUACUCCUGUGACUUGUGCAAUGCAGGGUGACAGAGUAGGUGUCUGUGUGACCCAGUUUGAUCCCAAACUGCUGGAACGAGGCUUAAUUUGCACCCCAGAUUCACUUCAGACCAUCCAUGCUGCCAUAAUUUCCUUGAAGAAAAUUCAGUAUUUUCGAGGCGCUCUUCAGACUAAGGCCAAGUUCCACAUCACAGUCGGUCAUGAAACAGUUAUGGGAAGAGUGAUGUUUUUCAGUCCAGCCCCUGCUAACUUCAAUGAAGAAAUUCAAGAAAAUGUUUUUGAUUUUGAAAAAGAUUAUCUUUAUCAAGAGGAAUAUUUGUCCAAGGACUCAGUUUCUUCAGAGGAGAACAAAGAAAAUGACCAUGCAGGAGAAGUCCAGCUCCCGAAACAACAAUGGGCUUUGCUAGAGUUUGAAAAACCAGUCACUUGUCCUAAACUGUGCCUUGUGAUUGGCUCUAAGUUGGAUACAGAUAUUCAUGCUAAUACCUGCAGGCUGGCAUUCCAUGGGGUAUUGCUUCAAGGCAUGGAGGACAAGAACUACACAGAGACUUUCCUUCCAAAGCUGAAAGUGUACAAACAGAAGCACAAAGAAGGACAAGUGGAAAGGGUGAUAGAUGAUUACAGUGUGAUUGGUCGUUCAUUGUUUAAAAAAGAAACCAACAUCCAGAUUUUUGUGGGUCUGAAAGUGAAACUGUCUACAGGAGAAGAUGGAAUAAUAGACAGUGGUUUUGGACAAAGUGGUAAAUUUAAAAUCCGAAUUCCAGAUGGGCUGAAGCCAGACACCAAGAUGCUGCUAACUGCUGCCUCCAAGAAGAAAUCUAAGGGAGGGAAGGGGGAUAUGACCAAAGAGGAUGAAAGCAGCAAGAAUGAUUCAGCCCAACCUGUUACUAUCUCUCUUAUCUUUAAAAGAUAUGUUUUUGACACACAGAAGAAAAUGAUUCAGUCCUGAGGAAGCAAAAGAGGCCUCUGAUUACACCUCAAAGUCCAGACCCUGAAAUGCAUUGAGGUGGAAUGUGUUUCUUGUCCAAACAUAUUAAACCUGUUCCUUCCUCACAAACAGAGCCUGGAAGCUCAUGUUGGCUGUGCCCCCUUCCACAGUGUCUGCAAUCUCAUAUUGUUCUGUUCAGAUUUGCUUAUUUUGUCAUCUCUGUGAUGUGCAUCUUUAUGGCAUCUCAGAGAAUGUCACCUGCCAGGUGAGCACACUUGGGUGUACAUUCUAAUUGCACUGUUUUCCUGGAUAACUGUGUUGAAGAUUCUCUUGAUUUAGAAGUUUGCCACCAAUAUUAAUCUAAAUCAAGUCAAGAUGUGAAUUUCAUGUGACCCUCAAAGUGAAGCUGAUUACUCUAGGCUUACUUCCUUUAGUAAAAUGGGAGACAGAAGGCACACUGUUUAAUAGGUGAAACCUAAAAUGAAUGUUUCACAUUCCUUCAGUUGCAACUAUGUAAGAUGCUAUCUGAGAGAUGGUAUGGAUGUUUUUUAUAAAUAUGAUUUGUAUCUAGAAGUGUUUUUCAUAUUAAACAUGAUGAUCUGUGUA